GGCCCGGGCGGGCCGAGCAGCGCUUCCCGCCCUCCUCCGCGGUGCCUCUCCUGCCUGCCUCCUUCCCGCCCUCCCGGAGCAGCAGGGCGGGCGUGAGGCGGUGCGCAGCGGAGCGGAGCGGAGCGCUCGGGUCCGGCGCGGCUGGCUGCGGAGAGCUCUCAGCUUUCCAGCAGAGGACCAGAGCCAGCAAGAAGAGGGGGUGCAAGAAAGCACUUGAGGAGGACUGAACUGGUGUUGUGAGCUGCUUUUGUGGUGAAAGGCGCCUGCCGAGAUGCGCGAGUACGCGGAGAAGAAGGAGACAUGUGGGACCAUCUGCCUCAAGUAUCUGCUCUUCAUCUUCAACUUCUUUUUCUGGCUGGCUGGUGGCGCUGUGAUGGCAGUGGGCACCUGGACCCUGGCUGAGAAGAGUGACUACAUCAGCCUGCUCUCCUCCAGCACCUAUUCAGCCACUGCUUACAUUCUGGUGGUGGCUGGGGUGGUUGUCAUGGUUACUGGCAUCCUGGGCUGCUGUGCCACCUUCAAAGAGCGUCGCAAUCUGCUGAGAGUGUACUUCAUAUUGCUGCUGUGCAUCUUCCUCCUGGAGAUCAUUGCUGGAAUCCUGGCCUAUAUCUACUACCAGCAGCUGAGCAUGGAGCUGAAGCAGAAUCUGAAGGCCACCAUGACCCAGAAGUACAGGAAGGAGGGAGAGGAGAGCGUUACCAGCGCCGUGGACAAGCUGCAGCAGGAGUUCAAGUGCUGUGGGAGCAACAACUACACGGACUGGGCUGACAGCAAAUGGAUCAGGUCGGCAGAGGCCAGCGGGCGCAAGGUGCCAGACAGCUGCUGCAAGACCAUCACGGACCUGUGCGGCCGCAGGGACCACCCCUCCAACAUCUACAAGGAGAGUGGCUGCAUCACCAAGCUGGAGAACUUCAUUCAGGAGCACCUGAAGAUUAUUGGGGCCGUGGGGAUCAGCAUCGCCUGUGUGCAGAUCUUUGGGAUGAUUUUUACCUGCUGCUUGUACAGGAGUCUAAAAGCAGAGCCCUAUUAAGAGCAGCAGGAGCUCUGUGGCUGCCCCUCCGCCGCUUCCCUUAGCACCUGCCCAGCUGCCCACUCUCCACCACCGCAGCAGUGUCUGUAACCCUCGAGGACUUGGCUCUGCAAUUCCCUGCCUCUCCUUAGCCGCCCCUCUGGAGGAAAGUCCCAGCCUCCUGGUUGUGGGGAGCAGGUCCUCUUCGUUGUCAGUAACCCCAAGAGCUGUGGAUCUCCUGCCAGAAGCUUUAGCAAAGCAGUCCCUUGAUGUAACCACCCAGCAACGUUUAGCCAGGGCCGCUUCUCUUGAGCUGUUGGAGACGUCAGGAUGGCGCAAGAAGACUCCUGGUUUGCUCUCUGAGAAGUGCUUCAGCAGCACCAGGCCUUUGCUGUGAGGACAGAUGAUGCUUCUGCGCUGAGCUGGGGCCAGAGCUGAGUCUCUCAUCCGUGCAAGAUUUGUCUCCCUCUUCCCAAGCAGGCAGCGGUGUCCCAGCGCAGCGCUUCUCCUCCUGAGAGGUCCCUUGGAGCAGGAGCUACUCUCCCUGCUGACUGGAAGCGCAGCUUGGUGCAGUUGAAAUCUUGUCAUGACUCUGAUGGUGCCUUAGGACUUCUCAGCCAUCCUUCCUCCUCUUCCUUGAAGCUUCUCCCCACCACGGUGCCCUUAGAAGCCACCAGAGGCCUUUUUGCCCCCAGCGAUUCUGGAGCCUGAGAUGAUGGACUACUUCCUCAUUCUUUUGGUCCCGUCUGUCCUGUAGAGUGGCCUCCAGCAGGAGAGAGAGGACUUCGGUUUCCUCCUCCCUAUCCCCUGCUGACGUUUGAUGAAGAAGUGCCCUGUGGAGCUGGUGUGUCUUUGGCCCCUUCACUCCUACCUUCUCAGAUCUGCUAGAGGUUGAGAGAGGCUCUCAGCCUGAUUUCUCCAACUCAGCCCUCCAGGCUUGUCCCUUUUGGGCAGGAAAUGAAUCCGUGCAGAGGUUCAGUGAAUCCAUGCAGAUGUUAAGUGAAUCUCUGAAGAGGUUUAAUGAAUCUGUGCAUAUGUUUAAUGAUUCUCUGCACAGGUUUAGUGAAUCCAUGCACAGGUUUAGUGAAUCCAUGCACAGGUUUAGUGAAUCCAUGCACAGGUUUAGUGAAUCUCUGCAGAGGUUUAAUGAAUCUGUGCAGAUGUUUAAUGAAUCCAUGCAGAGGUUUAGUGAAUCUCUGCAGAGGUUUAGUGAAUCUCUGCAGAGGUUUAAUGAAUCUCUGCAGAGGUUUAAUGAAUCUGUGCAGAUGUUUAGUGAAUCCGUGCAGAGGUUUAGUGAAUCUCUGCAGAGGUUUAGUGAAUCUCUGCAGAGGUUUAAUGAAUCUUUGCAGAGGUUUAAUGAAUCUCUUCAGAGGUUUAGUGAAUCCAUGCAGAUGUUUAGUGAAUCCAUGCAGAUGUUUAGUGAAUCCAUGCAGAUGAUUAGUGAAUCUGUGCAGAUGUUUCAUGAAUCUGUACAGACAUUUAAUAAAUCUCUGCAGAUGUUUCCUCAGCCCCCUGAGAGCUCCCGAAUCAGUUUGUGGCUUUAAUGCCACCUGGAAGCCCAUUUACAGGUUGCUGCCCACAGUGUAGUGGCAGAUUGGUAGUGCUGAGUUAAUUGAAUAGGCUUUAAUUAAAUCUUCCCUCUGCUUUGGGGUCCUGGAUACAUACAGGACACAGACAUCACCACUGCCGUGGACCUGGCACCAUCGUGAUGCCAACAGGGUUUGUAUGCCUCUGGUGUUCUUCUCCCCUUCCUGGUGUGCCUGUUACAGUCCUGGAGCAGAAAGAGAUGUGGUGUUCCUGAGCAGUGGACAAAAGCCCUCUCAGAAACAGACUGGAUCCUUCUCCUGCUCUUCUGGUGGUGCCAGUUGAGCCCUGUCCCCUGGCAGCAGACAGCUAACAGGAGCAAAGUCCUCCAGAUCUCUGAAGGGUCUUGCAGCACUUGGUGGGGGGGUUUAGGUCUUACAGAGCAGGAAUCUUGGACUGGUGCUGAAGGGGUGACAAAUGGAAAUUCAGAGCAGGUCAACCUGGAACUGUCCUCCCUCAACAGCAGCCUCAUGAAAUAAUCCUUAACUAAUGCAGAGUGUGAGAGAGAGAGAGGUGGAGGAACCCAUGGGGGGUGGCAUCUGUUCCAGGGCAGAGGGAAAGAGGGGAAAGCAAAAUGAUCUACAGGAGAAAUCCCUGAAUGAUUCCUUGCCUUAUAAUCGAGUUCCUGACACCUAAGUGACUACUAACUGAGAAGAAAAGGUUGAGCAUGUGGCUUGAAGCAAUUAUCUCUAGGUGCCUUCACUCCUGCCCUUCAGACACAUCCCCCAGGGCUGGGAGAGGCCAGGAAGAACACAGAUCCCACCAGAGAGUUGGCUCCUGUCCCAUCAGUUGUUUUAUACUGUUUUGUUCUCUGUGUAAUAAUAUUCAUGGCUUUGUCCUUGGGUUUGGUUGGUUUUUUUUAACCCAGUUUAAGUUGCUGGCCAAUAGAAAAAUAAAGCUGAAGAUUCUGUA